UCUCAUCGCGGAGAGACUGAGGGCCAUUCCUAUGGUGGCCAGUCAAUGCCUGGCCAUGGGCAACGGUUCGAUAAAAGCCCCCCAGGCUGAGGAGACCAGCUGCCUGGCUUCCAUCCACCCAGAGCCCCCCGGCCUGCACACAGACGUCCUCAGAUUGCGGAUUACCCACCUGGAGGCGGAGCUGGCACGUCGGGAUCAAGAGUUUCGAGCCCAGGAGCUUAAGUUACAGCAUGUCCAGAGGGAACUGGAGGCCAAGAUCUCCCAGAUCGACAAGCUCCAGGAUGCUAUUGGCUACAACAUCAGCCUGGGCCGCUCUCCGCCGGCCCUGUGCCACCACCGCUUCAGUGUCAUCAACCAGGGCCCCAGCCGCUUCCACAGGGUGGCCGUGGCGGUCCACCGCAGGCUCAAAGCCAAAGAGGGCGUCUCUGCUGAACCCACCUCAGAGAACUUCUGCGGAGGGUUAAGAGCAGCUAACUUCUCCAUUGCAAAGUCCAUCCACAAAAACUCACACACCAAGAAGCUCAUCAACGACGCCAUCAUGAACAAUGACUUUCUGAACAAGGUGGAGCCGCAGCACAUGAGGGAGAUGGUGGACUGUAUGUACGAGAAGGUUUACACCGAGGGACAGCUGGUCAUCCAGGAGGGGGAACCUGGGAACUACCUCUAUGUCCUGGCAGAUGGCUUGCUGGAGGUCAUCCAGCAUGGGAAGCUGCUGGGGGAGAUGGGUCCUGGCACAGCCUUUGGAGAACUGGCCAUACUGUACAACUGUAAGAGAACAGCCAGCGUCAAAGCUGUGUCCCAGUCUCACAUCUGGGCUCUGGACCGCCAGACGUUCCAGACUAUCAUGAUGCGGACCACACAGGCCAGACAUGAGGAGUACUUCAGCUUUCUGCGCAGUGUGUCUCUGCUCCGAGGACUGCCUGAGGAGAAACUAGCCAAGGUUGUCGAUUGUCUUGAAGUGGACUAUUUUGAAAAAGGGGAGUAUAUUAUUCGAGAGGGUGAAGAAGGGAACACUUUCUUUAUUAUCGCAAAAGGAAAGGUCGUAGUCACUCAAAGCACAGAGGGGCUUGCUGAACCACAGGAAAUCAAGACGUUGGGAGUUGGAGACUACUUUGGGGAAAAAGCUCUCAUCAGUGAGGAUGUGCGCUCAGCCAACAUCGUCUGCAGUGAGAAUGACACCCACUGCCUGGUGGUGGACAGAGACAAUUUCAACCAAAUGGUGGGAACUUAUGAGGAACUGCAGUCUUACCUGAAGGAGUACGUGGAAGAGCUUUCCAGGAGUGAUGAGAGGAGAAAUGCUCUGCCCCUCUCACCUCAGAUGGAUUCUGCAGAGGCCCAGGAGCUGAGGAGACUGAGGGAGAAGAUCGCUCUCCUGCCUCCACACCAGCCUUUCCAGGAGCUCGAGGUCGUAGCUACACUAGGCAUGGGAGGAUUUGGACGAGUGGAGCUGGUGAAGCUGAAAGACGAGGACACAACUUUUGCUCUGAAGUGCAUCAAGAAGAAGCACAUCGUGGACACCAGACAGCAGGAGCACAUCUACUCUGAGAAAAACAUCCUUCAGCAGACAAACUCUGUGUUUAUCAUCAGGUUAUUCCGAACAUUUCGGGAUGCUAAGUUUGUCUACAUGCUGCUGGAGGUGUGUCUUGGUGGAGAGCUGUGGACUGUGCUGCGGGAUAUGAGUUAUUUUGAUGAGCCCACAACAAGGUUCUGUACUGGUUGUGUCUUAGAGGGCUUUGAUUACCUCCACACUAUGGGCAUCGUCUACAGAGACCUGAAACCUGAAAACCUUCUACUGGAUGCUAAGGGUUAUGUCAAAAUGGCAGACUUUGGCUUUGCUAAAAACAUCGGCCUUGGAAAGAAGACCUGGACGUUCUGUGGGACUCCAGAGUAUGUGGCCCCAGAAGUCAUUAUGAACAAAGGCCAUGACUUUGGAGCUGAUUGCUGGUCCUUGGGAAUCCUCAUAUUUGAACUUCUGACUGGCAAUCCACCCUUGGCUGGCUCAGACCCCAUAAAGAUUUACACCAUGGUUCUUCAUGGCAUUGAGAAGGUGGAUUUCCCUAAGAGAAUAGGGAAGCGUCCAGACGACCUCAUCCGGAGACUCUGCAAGCUAAACCCAGUGGAGAGACUGGGAAACAAAAAGAACGGCAUCAUUGACAUAAAGAAACACAAGUGGUUCCAGGGCUUUAACUGGGAGGGUUUGAGGCGUCACAAGCUGCUGUCUCCAUUGAGGAGAGAGCUGAAGGGCCCGACGGAUCACAGUUACUUUGACACGUUUCCUCCUGACCCAGAGGAGCCUCCUGACGAGCUGUCUGGCUGGGAUAAAGACUUCUGAGGACUCUGAUUGGACAGAAUCUAAGCACCAGCAGCCAAUCAGGCCCAUUCAGCUGCAGUGUGUUAGCAAGCUAACUCCUAAAGCUUCUCUUUUGCUCUUUACUAACGGCAGCUUACAUCAAAUGUAGCACAUCGUCAGGGUAACUGAGACUGAAUAGGUAACCUCCUUGGAGGAGAGUAAUGGUCAUCUUUUUUGGGGGGUAACCUUAACUGUAAAAACUACAGAAUCAGCAUUAUUAAAUCUAAAUAAAUGAGACAAACAUACACUGUCAAAAAUGUUGCGGCUGCAGGAACAACUUAAGUUUUCACAUUAUUUUUCAAAGUAAUGUAGUUCAAAUGUCAUGAAAAAACUAUGUUGGGACAAAAUAUGUAACUUUUUUGAGCAGAUCGGUAUGCAAGUGAAGUUACCCAUUUGGUUCACACGCCAUCAGAGAAUCUAGGUAACUGGUUGGGGACGUCACAAGCCAGUUAAUAGCUCAACAUGAGUCAAGCUCAUUAAACUCCAAGACAUUUUUUUUUCAUUUUGUUUAGUGUCAUAUGGUCAAAAGUCAAAAUAUUAAUGUAGUCAGUGUCUCACUUUUACUCCGAAUCUGAACAACAGGAGGUCUGAAGGCCUCCGGCCACGGAGCAGGACUGUGACAACCGUGGUAUGUCCUGCAGUGGGUGGAAGAACCCAGUGGGUGGAAUACAUUCCAGUGCAUCUCACACACAUCUGUGC